AUGAUGGGAAGCGAAGGCAGCACAAGCCCAGCGGCUGGGGGAGGCGCCGCCUGCGCGGUGUGCGGCGGCGCCGCGGCGGUGUACUGCGCGGCGGACGCUGCGGCGCUCUGCAGCGCCUGCGACGCCGCCGUGCACGCUGCGAACCUGCUGGCGUCGCGCCACGAGCGCGUGCCUCUUUCCAUGGCCGCCGUGGCAGCUGCGUCCGGCGUGUACGACGACCUCUUCGCGCCCGACGACAUAGACGCGGCGUCGUCGUGGCCGGCGGCGGCGCCCGCGCACGCGCAGGGGCAGGGGCAGGGCAGCCCCCAGAACGGCAGCUCGUCGACCAGCUUCACCACCAGCGACAGCGGCGCGGAGGGCAGGAGCCUGUUCGACCUGCUGUCCGACGUCGACCUCGCGGCGGCCUGCGUCACGGGCGGCGGCGGCGGCGGUUACCUGCCGGACGGCGUGGCUCCCGUGCAUCACGGCGCUGCGCCGCUGUGGGCGCAGCCCGGCCUGCAGGCCGCCGCAUGGACGGCCACGUGGUCGCCGGCAGAUGCCGCGGCCGCGGCAGCUGUCUUCGGCGUCCCGGGCGCCGCCGCCGUGGUCGCCGCGGCGGCGGAGCGGGAGGCGAGGGUGCAGAGGUACCGCGAGAAGCGCAAGAACCGCAAGUUCCAGAAGACCAUCCGCUACGCGUCCCGCAAGGCCUACGCCGAGGCGCGGCCCAGGAUCAAGGGCCGCUUCGUCAAGCGCGCCGCCGGCACCUCCUCAUCCUCCUCGGGCGCCGGCACAUCGGACAGCAACAAAGACGCCACGGACGCCGCCUCCAAGUUCUGGCUCUCCUUCUCCGACGACGCCAGGGACGAUGGAGUCGGCUUCUACGUGGACGCCGGGGCCUACGGGGUCGUGCCAAGCUUCUAG